UGAACAAUUUUAUCGAUUUGUUUUAAUUAGGACAAAUAUCUGCACACAAACUGCCUGGCAGCCCUAGCUAACAUGUCGUCACAGUUCACCAAUCUCCACCCCUACGUCGCCCAGAGGAUGGUCAGUUUAUUCUCACAGCUGAGUAAGAAGCACGCUAGAGUGGUGGAGCACAUCCGAGAUUCUGCCGUCACAGAAACAGAGCAAGACGAGGCCUCGGAGCAAAAUGCAAUGCAGGAUCUGGCCGUCCUAGAGGAGGUAUUGAGGAUGGUCCUGGAGAUCAUUAACUCCUGUCUCUGCUCCUCACUCCAUCACAACCCUCACCUGGUCUACUCCCUGCUGUACCAGAGGGAGCUGUUCAACUCCUUCAAGACCCACCCCACCUUCCAGGACAUCCUACAGAAUAUAGAUAUUGUGUUGUCCUACUUCUCAGCUCGUGUUGAGGAGCACAAGAAAGGAGGAAGCAUGUCCCCCACAGAGGUUCUGGAAAUCAUCAAGGAGGGCUCAGUACAGUUCAGGAGGGACAAACUCAAGAAAUUCCCUGAUCUGAAGUUUAAAUACGUAGAGGAGGAAUCGCCGGAGGAAUUUUUUAUCCCCUACGUGUGGUCCCUGGUGUAUCACUCCUCUAAUAUGUACUUCAACGCUUCACGGAUCUUACUGUUCUCCCUCUCAGCGUCCUGAUGAACUGAACCAACGUAUGAACUGAACCAGUGAAAGUGUGAACAGAACAAAUAGAAUUGAUCAUCUGAAAUAAUGAGCCAGAAAUAUGAUAUGAAACUUUGAGAAAAAGAAUUGAUCAUCUGAAAAUUUGAUGAAACAUAAUGAGUCAGAAAUAUGAACCUGUGAACCACAGAGAAUGUGAACAGAACAAAAGAGAACUGUUCUUGUACUAUCUUGAACCAGUCAUGAUCUUGGACUGUUUUGAACCAGUCAUGAAAUAUGCUGUUUUCAUGUUCAUAGUUUGUGAAUCAGUCACCGUUCUCAUUUCAUGCUCUGAGAAUCAAUCAAGAAAUGAACUAAGUAUGAACUGAUGUGUUCUACUGCACUUGUGAACAUGAACAGAUCUGAUAGAACUGACUUGAUCUGUGUUGAGCAAUAU